CCAAGUGGAAGGUCUACAGACUCACCAAUGGCAAAUGCUAGACAGUGUCCAUCUAAUAAUGCUGCUGCUUCCCGUCCCAUUCGGAUAUGGAAGAUGACCCAACUGGAGCGCUUCCUUGUGGAUGAGUCUAUCAUUGUGAAGGGAAAGGUGGCAGCAAAAGCCAAGAGCUUUGCCAUCAGCCUGGGCCAGGAUGCCUCAAACUUGUAUAUUUGCUUUAAGCCUGACUUAGCUAAUGGGAUUAUUAAGUGCCAUUACAAAAAAGACGGAAAGUGUGGUCCGGAGCGGACAUGUCCUUCAUGCCCUUUCCACGAGGGACAAGAAGUCCAGAUCACUUUCUUCCUUGAGGGGAGAGACAAUAACACCAUUGUGACCGUAGAAUUACCUGACCACACUCAGUUUCGAUUCAGCAGCCCAGUAAGACGGCACGUUAACAAAUAUGUGGCAGUGGAUGGCGACUUCCAGCAGUACCCUGACCGCACGCAAUGAGUUCAGUUGUGCCAGCCUGUGCCUCUCUUCCGGCUGCAGAUGAGUCUGCCAAUAAACCAGCAUUGACCACUG